GAAAAAAAAAAGAUACAAGAUACUAGUAAUGAUGACAAAACUACUCUAUUAAUGAAAUGUGACAACAAUAUUCAAGCCUUACCUGAAAGAAGAACAUUGGUUAAAAAGAUACAAGAUACUAGUAACAUUGAAAAAGUGUUACAUAAAUAUCAGUGA